CUACGUUUAAUGACCCACAGAGAUCUCCGUUUGUUAGUUCUGGCUUCUAAAGUGAUUUAGAUUUCGCAAUGUGCUCAUCGUGCUGUACUGAUUUUGCUGCUAUGCUGUUCAAUUUUUUCUUCGAGAGGAGAUCAAGAGAGAUCAAUGGUGGGGAGGCAAAUGACAAUGCAGCUGCAAACGAUGAAACAGCAGGAGGCGCUUCUUCUUCUCGCACUUCAACAGAAGGUCAAGGAAUGGCUACUUCAUCAGGAUAUGACUAUGAAGUAUUCUUGAGCUUCAAUGGAUCAGAUACUCGAGCAGGUUUUACCGACUUCCUUUACACUAGUCUUAAUGAUGCGGGAAUCCGCACAUUUAAGGACGACAAAGAGCUCGGCAUCGGGGAAGAGUUUGCCCCAGAACUUCUCCAAGCAAUUAAUCAGUCGAAGAUCUCAAUACCUAUCUUUUCGAAAGGCUAUGCCUCUAGCGUGUGGUGUCUCAAGGAGCUAGUCCAAAUGGUCGAGUGCCAGAAAACUGGAAGACAAAAGAUCAUCCCUAUUUUUUACGAUGUGGCGCCUUCAGAGGUUCGGCACCAAACAGAGAGUUAUGCAAAGGCCUUUCUUGCACAUGAAAACAAGAAGCGACAUGACGAAAAGACUAUUAAAGGGUGGAAGGAUGCUCUCAGUGCAGUGGGAGCAAUAAACGGAUGGGACCUGCAUAGCAAGAAGGAGAACAGGCGAGAAGGAGAGUUCGCAAAAGAACUUACCCAUAAGGUUUUCAGCGAGUUGAAAAAGGGUUAUCUAGUGGUAUCAGACUACUUGGUCCAUGUCGACAACCAUGUGGACGCAAUCAUGGAAAAGAUAGGUGCUGGGACAAGUGAAACACGGAUUAUAGGAAUCCACGGGAUGGGUGGCAUCGGAAAGACGACUAUUGCCAAAAUGAUCUAUAAUAAGCUUUUACACGACUUUGAGAAUUGUUGCUCUCUUCGCGAUAUUCGAGAAGUGUCAGAACGUAAUGGCAUUCACUACUUGCAGAAUCAACUCAUCUCUGGCAUCCUCAAAAUAAAAGGCAUGCAUAUAAAAGACAUUGAUGAAGGAACUCAGACAAUUAAAGAGAGGUUGUCUAAUAAAAGAGUCCUCCUGCUUCUAGAUGACGUGCAUGAAAAGAAUCACGCGGAUGCACUUGUAGGUGAGCGUGAUUGGUUUGGUAAAGGGAGUAAACUUAUUAUUACUACCAGAAACAAAGAAGUUCUUGAUGUUCUUAAAGUGGACGAUCGUUAUGAGCUUAUGGGCAUGGAUCGCGAUCAAUCUCUUCAACUCUUUAGCAAACAUGCUUUCAGAAGAGACUCUCCUUUGAUUGAGUAUAUCGACCAAUCCAAGAGGGCGAUAGGCAUUGCUAGAGGCCUUCCGCUAGCUCUUGAAGUCAUAGGUUCACUUUUAUCUCGCACUGAAAAGAAAAGAUGGGAUGACAUAUUGGAGACGUUGGAAAAGGUUCCUCAUGUGGAUGUUCAGAGUAAGCUAAAAAUAAGUUUUGAUGCAUUAGAAGUUCGACAACAACAUAUAUUCCUCGAUAUAGCUUGUUUUUUCAUUGGAUAUGACAAAGACAUUAUGGUUCAUUUCUGGGAAAAAUCUAAAUUUUUUCCGAAAGAAGCUAUGGAAGUUUUGCAGAACAUGUCUUUGAUAAAGAUUGGAAAGUCUAAUAAAGUGUCGAUGCAUGACCAACUCAGAGACCUCGGCAGAGAAAUAGUUCGUCAAGAAAGUAAGAUGAAAAUAGAGAAGCAAAGUAGGGUGUGGGAUCCUAAGGAAGCAUUGGAUUUGCUGAGGAGACACGAGGGAAAAACAAAAGUUGAAGCUCUUCAUCUCCGCUUUGACCAUGAGCGGCGGCACUAUUUUACCUGUAAGGACUUUAAAAGAAUAUCAAAUCUGCGGUUUCUUCAAGUUAACGGUUCGGAGGAAUAUUUUCGUGCUGAAGAGAGGCUUCUUUGGCACGAAUCGCCAUCAAAUGUUCUUCCUACUAAUGUUUUUCUAGAGAAUUCAGAUCUCCUUCCACAUUUACAAUGGCUUUCUUGGCACGGUAUUCCCCCAUCAUUUAAGAUUGCAAAUUUCUCCAUGGAGAAUGUGGUUAUUCUUGAUCUAUCUCAGAGUAAGAUCACGCAUGAUUGGCAGGGGUGGAGCCAUAUGAAGGAGACGAAGAAUUUGAAAAUUUUGAAUCUGACCGGAUGCAAUUGCUUGGAGAGAAUUCCCAUCUUCUCUGCUGAGGUAAAUUUAGAACGAUUGAUCCUACAGCGCUGUAAAUCUUUAACUGAAAUUGAUAGGUCGAUUUGUCAUUUGAAAAGCCUAGUUUCCUUAGAUGUAAGCUAUUGUGAGAAACUUCGGAGGCUGCCAGAAGAGAUGGGUAGAGAUCUUGUGAGCCUUGAAUACCUAUCUCUAAAAUUUUGCAAAUCGUUGGAGAGGCUUCCGAAUACAAUCGGAAAUUUGAAAUCGCUAAUUAAGUUGGAUAUAUUUGAAACGGGGAUCAAAGAACUACCUGAUUCCAUCGGAAAUUUGGAAUCAUUGAUUGAGUUGAAUACAAAUUAUACAGGGAUCAAAGAACUACCCGAUUCCGUCGGAAAGUUGAAAAAUUUGAAAUUAGUAAAGAUGAAUUGGUUUGAAAUGAGCAAAAUACCCGAUGCCCUCUGGACGAUUGAGAAGCUCGAAGAAAUAGAUGCCCAAUUUGGGGAUUUGAAUGUGGAAGUGGAAAUUGGCAAUUGCAUCUAUAGAAAUCACUCCCUAAGGAUCUUGAGAUUGUCGAAUGUUAGAAUAAACGUAGUACCGAGGCUUCCUGAAAGUCUUAUCAUUCUAGGGUUGUGUACAUUGCACAUGGAUACGUUUCCGGAUCUCUCAAACCUGACUAAUUUAGAGGAAUUGAUACUGACCUUUGGCCCACGCGAUGACGCUGGGGAAUCUAAUGGGCCUGUGGAAGAAUAUCUGAUGCCACGGUGGAUUGGGAAUUUAAGCAAACUGGAGACUCUGUUCCUAGACUCUUAUCAUGUGAUCCACUUACCCACGGAUAUUAGUAGUCUCCUUCCUCGACUCCAACGACUUUCCCUCAUAUGCCCUAAUCUGCGUUGCCUCCCGAGCCUUCCCUCCAGUUUAGCAUCCUUGGAUUUGGAGUCUGAACACGUGACCGCCUUACCCGCAGAUAUUAGUAGUCUCCUUCCUCGACUCCAAAGACUUGAACUCGUGUGUCCUAAUCUGCGUUGCCUCUCGUGCCUUCCCUCCAGUUUAUCAUUCUUGCUUUUGCAAGGUUGCAAGUCAUUUGGUUCCCUGGGGGAUCUAUCGAAUUUGAAGAACCUAUCAGAUCUUACGAUUAUUGACUCUGUAAUCCCAGAGAUUCGAGGCCUUGAUGGUUCGGAGAACCUAGAUUUGCAGCUUUCGGAACUUCAACGGGUGGGGAUAUUACCUGAUCUAAGUAAUAACAACCAACUAGCAUGUCUUCAUGUGUUCGAAUGCAAUAAUCUGGUUGAGAUUCAAGGCGAACUACCACAAUGUUUGGAAUCAUUGAGGAUUUGUGGCUGUGGAUCUUUACAGAAGUUGCCUGAUCUAUCAAGCUUGAAGGGACUGAAAAUAGUUGAAAUAACGCGUUGCGGGAAAUUAAAUGUGGAGGCAAUUUCUUUGCUUUGCUCGGAGAAGGCAGUCAUAUUUGAGGGAGACUAGACGAAUCAGUGGUAUAAGAUGACGAAUCUGGAUACGAAUUUGAAUAUGGAUAUGGGGGAGAAGACUGACGGAUAAGUGCACGUUGCUCUUGAAAGCUUCUUGAUCGCCGACCACAAAUUGUUCCCUUGCGUGCAAACUUUAAACAAAUUGAGAUGACUUCCUUGUACUGUAAACAAUUAGAUGGAAUGUGUGUCAGAAGGUCAUAUAAUAACUAUGGUUCUCAUCCUGGAACUUUACAGCAUAAUGUGAAGAAGACAGACACCCUGUAUUGAUAUGCUUAUGUUCAGUUUAUUUUCCAGGAAAGAUGUGCUUCUUAGUGGGAUUUGCAAAUAUUAUGGAGAAGUCAUAAAAUGAAGAAAGAGGAAUUUUACUUGGGUAGCGGAUCAAUAGUUGGUGCAGCAAAACUUCCACCUCCAAGGGAGCUGUGGCUAAUUGGGCAGCUGUACAAAUGAAGACCGAAUAAUGGAAAAUGAAAAUGACAUCCAAAGUGAAGUUUUACGUCCACUUUUUAAUUACUUUAUGAGUUGAUGCCCGGAAAUCUGAAGAAGUUUAUUUUCCAGGAAAGGUGUGCUUCUUAGUGGGAUUUGCAAAUGUUAUUGAGAAGUUAUAAAAUGAGGAAAGAGGAAUUUCACUUGGGUUGCGGCAUCAAUAGUUGGUGCAGCAAAGCUUCCAUCUGUAACAGGAGAGGAUAGCUAUUUAGCUUCGCCAAGGUAUCUUAAAUCAUCUUAUAGUUGAGGCUAAAUUUCAGUAUUAUCGGCGUAUCGGACAUGUGAGAAGUCUCACUUGGGGUUUGAAAUCAUGUAAAUUGACCCUUGUGUGAUCUCCAUUAUUGCCUCCAUUUUCUUCAAAUGGUUAUGCCUAGGUGGUUAUCUGUAAUAGAAGCCCUUCCAUUCACCUUAAGUUACACUAGAUGACUCUUUCAGGUUUAAAGAUCGACAAGAAGUGCUAAGGGAGAAAUCUCAAACAACUGACUUUUUGCCGGUUUCUAAUGCUUCUGAGGGACUCAAAGUUUAAGAAACUUGCAAAAAUCUUUCUGUGCAGGGAGUUGUGGCUAAUUGGGCAGCUGUAUAGAUGGAGACCGAAGAAAGGCAGAUGAUGGAUGAAAUUUGAUGUUGACCAUGUUCCCUCACAAUCUUGGGGUGGUAAACCCUAUAUUCAUCUGUUUUGGGGGGUAAAAAAGCUAUUUAGGCAAACCUGAUUUUUUUUAACUUUAUUGUGGGCCCAAAAAAUGAUUAUUACAUUUCAUCUAAAUGUGUGUUCUCUUCAUUGUUAUGCAAUAGAACUUGCUUAUUAGUA